UGGUGGGAGGUGUGUGACAAAUAAAACACGAGGAUGAUUGAUGUGAGUUGUCGUCGGUUGAGGACAAAUAACUCUCUGAAACAAAGGUCUGCUUCUGUAAUUUAACAGUUUUGUGAAUUCCUGAAACAGAAAACAACUAUAAGAAGCACAGUGGACCAGAAAUUCUCCAGUUCUCCACAAGGACGCGAGUCAUACGCCUGCUGACAGUAGUCCAUGACAGUCCUACAGUGCUUCACGUCUCGCAAAGUCUCGCUUGUUCUCGUCGGCAUUGGCAUGCUGACCGGCUGUCUGGCUGCUUACCUGCCAGCAGACUCAGCCCGUGCCGUGCGUGUGGAGGACGCAGCAGGUGCCAGACACAUCCGCAGCCUGGAGACUGCCGCAGUCGAUGCAGUGCAAGCGGUGGAGGACGAGGACAGCAGCGAUGAGGACGACAACGAUGAGGUGAUGGAGGAGUUGGUGCAGACGCUGGAGGAGUUGUCGCAAGCUGAGAGGAGGAGACCUGGGCGCCUACAGCGAGAAGCUGGGCGAGUUGCAGGAGGCGAUCGAGGCGCAGGCAGGAUCCAUCCACGGCAAUGUUGCUGAGGUUGCCGCAGAGGUGGCGGCAGCAUCGGAGGCUGGUACCGGAAGUGAGGUCUCGGCGCCCGACGCUGGACCGAGUCCUGCCGAAGCCGCUGCGGAAGCUGCAGGUGCAGCCGAAGCUCUUGCCUCCGCCAACGACCUGACCAGCGACAAGGAAGAUGGCAACGCUGCAGGGGGUAAAGGGACGAGAAUGGAGGAUCCGCCAACGAGUCCAACACCAGUAACAACAACAACAGUAUCGACAACGGUGGCAACAAUGGCGGCUCUGAAGCUGGGGGUGGGUCAGACAGCCAAGCUGAUACCAAGAAGUCUGAGGCGGCAUCGCACCCGAUAUCCCGCAGCCGGACAUCAAACAAGUCAACGAAGACGAAAAAUAAUUAAAAAGAACUAUUGACUUACCUUCUGACUGGACGUAUAUUUUCGUUGUUUUUUUAUUUUUUUUAAUUUUUAAUUUUUUAAUUUUUAAAUUAUUUUUUUUCCAAUAA